AUGAACUUGUAUGGUUUCAUACUACUCUACCUGGCUAGCCCUGUUUGCUGUGGCAAUACUACUCAUUUCCGGAAAGCUGAUGAUUUCUACGAUCCUGUUGUAGUGAAAACGUUCACUAAGUAUCACAGUAUUCUGUUGAAGAGAUGGUAUACACGGAACAAGCCGUUGGAUAUAGUUGGACGGAAUUUCAAAGUGAUAGUGGAAGAGGUGCCUCCUUACAUAAUCACUUCAAAAUCUGAGAACGGAACUCUCUCCAUCAAUGGAUACAUUGGAGACAUCUGGAAUAUCCUACAAGAAGAACUGAAAUUCACGAGUACUUUCUACAUGCUGAACAUAACAGAAGGGAAGGCAGCUUUACAAAAUGGAACUUAUGACAUAAUGUUGAACCCAACAACCCUUUCAAGUCAAGACAUCUAUGAUAUCGAUCAUUCCAUGCCAAUCAUGAGUUCGUGGUACAAAUUGUUCAUGAGACUAAAGGAAGGUCAAGGAAGCUCUUCGUCGUAUAUACUGGCUUGGAGCAGAGACUUAUGGCUUGCUUUUGUUGGCACUGUAAUUGUUAUAACUAUAUUCAUGUGGGGAAUAUCAUCUUUUAGACGAUUCUGUGAAAUAGAAAAAUGUGAUACCUCCAAUGGACUUGGUCACAAACUGCCGUUGAGAGAUGAAAGAACCAAUCAAUUGUCAUUCAGUUGCUGCCUGCUAUUUGUACUGGGUUCAGUUACCCAGAGAGGAUUUGGAUUGAGAGAGAGCCCAACAGCUACCUCGUUGCAUGUUGUAGCCGUACUAAGUCUACUAUUCGGUUUGCUUAUGCAGACCUCCUAUUCAGCAGCUCUGGUCUCGCGACUUGCCGUCCUCAAAACCGAUCAAGGAGUAGAAAAGUUAUCGGACAUCUCCGCUAGAAAAUCACAUUCGCUCUGCAUAAGAGUGGAGAAUUUCGCUUAUUCGGCUCUUUUUCUGAUAUCAUGA